UUGCUGUAGAUUGCAACAAGUGGACCCUAUCCCUUUAAAACGAGAAACGGGGGCAACAUUUUGAGCCUGAAUCCUCGAAUGAACAAUUGAAUGUAACCGCGAGGCAGCGCUUCAAAGGAUUGGUUUUGAAUUUCUGGAGUGUUUUUUUCGGGAACAGAAGUAUUUUUUUGAAUUACAUAUGUUGGCUUGUGCUUUUCUAACUUGUAAUACAACACAGACUGCGGCGAUGGUACUUACAACUUAAAGAGACAAUCGCGUAGAGAUCCGGAGUUUUCAGUGUCCAGUGUCAUGAAACUGAAUCCACAGCAAGCUCCUCUAUAUGGCGAAUGUCUCCUCACGGUCCAGCUGUGUGAUGAAGACCACUUUGAGGACGAGGAUGGCUUGGAGUUUUACCUGCUGUUCGCUGGCACCGCUCAGAGGCACCUCACCAGCACACACAGGGUUAACCCUGACACUCUCCAAGCCAUCUGUCCUGCCCAUGACUGCUGUGAGGAGGUGACAGUCACCCUCUGCACCUCCACUCCGGGCCGGCCUGUGGGCUGCGUGGCGGAACAGGGCUUCCACUUCGUUCAGGAUGUGGCCUUCGAAGUGGCACAGGUCCUGGUGAGCUCCGCGGGCUGCACAGACGUUCUGGACAGCGCCAGGCUGCUGGAUGAGUUCCAGAUCCCUGCUAAGGAGCAAGAGAGGCUGGAAGACAGAGUGACCCUGGCAUUGCAACACCUGCUCCUGCCCGAGGGUUGGAGUGUGCUGGGUCCAGAGGGGGGCUCCCACCAUGCGAUGCCCCCCCGGGAGACUCUGCUGCACUUCACCGCCAGGCGAGGGCUGCACAGGCUGGCCUGGUUCUUCCUGCAGCAGCCGGGAGGCAGAGCGGCACUCUCCCUCCCCAACACAGAGGGCGCCACCCCUGGCAGCCUGGCACACGAUAGAGGCUACAGCCAGCUGCAACAGCUGUUCUCACAGGAGGAGGGUGCAGAUCUGGAGCCCUGGGCAGAUGCGUCGAAGCCGAUCUUCUCAGGGGACUGCCUGGUGAAGCACCACCCUCGGCUCAACACCUACACGCUCACCGUGGUCACGAAGCCCGGGAGUCAGCCCAGCGAAGUGGAGUGCCACAUCGAGGAGCUGCGCGGGUUCAUGCAGCGGCAUUCGAAAGAGAAGGAAUCGGAGCAACUAAAAGACAGUGAAGAAACUAAGCAGGUCUUCAGCACAGUCGCCUGUGAAAGGGGGAGAGAUCCAGCACAAAAUCCUGAAUCCUCGAAUUCUACUCUGAGCAAUGGCAAUACAGAGGACAGGGUGUGUCCGUAUGAAAACAACAUAAGCACAGAGAGAGAGGAAGAGGUGGAGGUGGGGACUGCUGCUGUGGCAGACUCUGGGAAUCCUGCAUAUAAAAGCGACUCUGAGCAGGGCCAGGCUGAUACAGAGAGCCUGUCUGUCAGCGGGCUGCCCUGCGGAAAACUUCAGGAGGAAACUGAUACUGGACCAGCCGCAAUCAGAGCGGGACAGGAGAGCCCAGGCAAGGCUGACAACGACAAGCAGGAAGGGGAGCAAGCCAGGCAGAGCAGAGCUGAGGCCGAGGCUGCAGAUAACACUGAACAUGUAGAAGGGAGGGAUUCUGUAGACAGGGAUACGGGGCAGACACAGUCCCAGGAUCACAGAGACACGUCAGUCACUGCAGGGAUGAGUACUGGCCCACUGAAGGGGGAGGUGCUGGUUCAACCGAAAGGGCCUGACAACUGUGCGUAUGUGAGGGACGUGGCUGUUGUUUUCGGAGAGAAGGAAAGCAAGGCAAUCAUUAAAGAAUCUCUGAAGGAGCUCGCCGGGACUCAGGAGGACAAGGCUGAAAUCGAGGGCACGUGCUCUUGUGUUGUGGUGAGCUGUCCAGGCGAUGGAGAGGGGGAGUGUAAAUCUGAGAUGCACUGUGCUGGUCAAAAGGAGGAGACAGCUGGGUUGGAUUAUUCUAAAGAAAAAAUUUCUGCUGCUAGUGAGGUGAAUAACAAUGAGACGCCCAAGUCUGAAAGAGACAUGAAUAGCAGCAGCCUGUUUUUGAACCCUGAGACCGUGCUGGGAAGUCCUUGCCAGGCCCACAGCAGGAGCAGAGAUUCGACAGGCAGCUCCGCCUCCCACACUGCUGUGCUUCCAGAAGUAGAGUAUCCAAGGGUAUGUGACGGCCAGUCUCUAGAUAACAGCAGCACCGGGGGUAGCAGUUCAGAGUUUGGACCAGAAAUUAAUGAACAGGUCAGCCUGAAGGAACAGGAUAAGGUGCCGUCAGAUAAGGCUGAUACAUGGAACAGUCCUCUGGAAGUGGAAUUAAGUAAUCAGACAGAUGGACUUGGCCAGCGUCUCGCAGUAAUAUCGGAAAAACCGCAACUCACUCCUAUAGAAGCUGCUUCCUCUUUGUUUCAGGAUGUUGAAGUAGCAUUGGAGGCUGGGUCACAGACUGUGAGAGAAGUGCCUGAUGGAAAGCAAAAAGCUGAGUGCAUUCUGCCUGGUUUGGAAGAAGUGGUGUUGCUGCAUACAGAUUGCUCGGUUGUAGAAAAUUUGCCACUGCUGGACCAAGAGCCUACGGACAAUAUGUUGCCCCUGAAAGAGGAGGACAGAAAUGAGGAAUCGACACCACCGCCUUCGGAGACAACGGAUCAUGAAUCGGACCCAGGGAUUGUAACUGUGGAGUCCAUGUCUUUUACAGACACAGAGGAGGGCGUGCCCUGCGAUUGUGCUGUGAAUGAAAGGGGUUCAGAUCUCUAUGCUGGAGAACGCUGUGAAGGGAUGCCAACCUGGACAGAUAAAGAAUCAGAGAGUGCUGCUGGAUCCUGUGAGUGCAGCAUACAGAUGCAAAACCAGCAAUCCCCCUGUGCAGAGUCAGAAGGGGGGUCUGAUUGCAGGGAGCUCCACAAACAAACAAGCACCCAGGAAGUGUUGCUGACCAGCGAGGGCCAGGAGUCUGAGGGGCCAGAGCUGGAGCAGAGUGGCACAGAGGUCCCAGCGCCAUCUCCCUCCAGCUCAAGUAAAAUGCUGGUGGAGGGUGAAUCUACUUCUGGCAGCGUUGAAGGACCAGGCGAACCAGCGGCCGCACUGAAGGAUAUCCCCAAGGAAGAGCAAGAUGGACCCAAACACAACUGGGAAGCAGAAUCCCUACAGGAAGCCACCAGUGAAACCUGUGAGGCUACAGGAGCGGCAGACUUGUUGGCCACCUCUUCUGCGUUCCAGGAAGCGGAGGGGCUUGAAGCAUCUGAAUCAGACGAACCAGCAGCAGUGGUUGAAAGUGAUGGCAGUGGAGCUGUGAGCAGUGAUGGAGCUCCACCAUUAGAAAGUGAUGGCAGUGGAGCUGUGAGCAGUGAUGGAGCUCCACCAUUAGAAAGUGACGGCAGUGGAGCUGUGAGCAGUGAUGGAGCUCCACCAUUAGAAAGUGACGGCAGUGGAGCUGUGAGCAGUGAUGGAGCUGCACCAUUAGAAAGUGACGGCAGUGGAGCUGUGAGCAGUGAUGGAGCUCCACCAUUAGAAAGUGACGGCAGUGGAGCUGUGAGCAGUGAUGGAGCUCCACCAUUAGAAAGUGACGGCAGUGGAGCUGUGAGCAGUGAUGGAGCUCCACCAUUAGAAAGUGACGGCAGUGGAGCUGUGAGCAGUGAUGGAGCUCCACCAUUAGAAAGUGACGGCAGUGGAGCUGUGAGCAGUGAUGGAGCUCCACCAUUAGAAAGUGACGGCAGUGGAGCUGUGAGCAGUGAUGGAGCUGCACCAUUAGAAAGUGACGGCAGUGGAGCUGUGAGCAGUGAUGGAGCUCCACCAUUAGAAAGUGACGGCAGUGGAGCUGUGAGCAGUGAUAAAGCUCCAUCCAUUGAAAGUGGAGCUGCGGGCAUUGAUGGAGCUCCAUCCACUGAAAAUGAUGGCAGUGGAGCUGUGAGCAGUAAUAAAACUCAUUCCUCGGACCAGGGAAUUGGAGAGCCCUUGCCUUGUGAACCAGAGGCUAGAGAAGCAGGGGACCUGACUGAUGGGCAUUUGAGCUGUGAUGAAACCCCUGUUGCCAGUGGUACCCACGUCGACAAAGAGCCUGCAGGUGGAGCCUCUGUAGAACUGGGACAGACUGCAGAUAUCACUUCUGGUAAAGGAGCAGCUCUGGAACCUACGAUAUCAAAACAGGGUCCAGAGAACAAGGACUCUUCUCCUAAUAACGCUAAUCCCACCCUAGCCCAGGAGAGCACCUCCUCUGUGGGGAGGGUUAGUGAUCCAGCUGGCCUUUCUGGAAGUGCAGGAGAUGUGAGUGUCGAGACUGGAGGAAAGGACGCCUCUGACCUGACUGAGCCGAGCCUGGGCCAGGAGAGUGAGGAGGCUGUUGUGACAAGAGCGGAAGGGCAAGUGGAUUUCAGUACAGCGGGGGAGGAGGACACAGGAGACAGGACAAUGAUUCACAGGGAGAAAGAGAACUUGUACCCCAUUGAUUCAUGCACAGUACCUGGUCUCCUGGAGGAGAAGCAGAGUUCAGAUUCUGCAGAAUGCUGCCAGUCCUCCCAGGACCAGCUGUCUGUGGACAGUACCUCGUCCCCCGGGGUGUCUCCGGUCCGCAGGGAGCUGGGCAGCGAUGUGGACGUGUUUGAUGGCUCAGACGCCGGGGGUGACCAUGUCUUCAGCAAGCAGGGGGAUCAGAUCCUGGCAGCAGACAGCACCAGUGAGGUGUCCCUGUCCUGCUCCUCGACAGACGAGCCCCUGACCCCGGGCCCGCCCACCUCCACCCCAGAGCGCCGGUGCGAGAGCGAGGAAGAGGAGGAGGACCGGCUCACCGACGUGCCUGUGCGAUCCUCCAUCCUCCGCACCUCCAUCCGCUCGCUCUCUCCAUUCCGCCGGCACAGCUGGGGCCCUGGCAAGAACGCAGGGGCUGAGAGCGAGAUGAACCAGCGCAGCGUGCGAGUUGGGGGCGAUGUUGUAAAGAAGUCACCAAUUCAUAGGAGAAGUAUGAGCUGGUGUCCCUCCGACGCCCCAUUCAUUCCUGUCUCCGAUGACAUUAGUCACAGAAGUUACAGUCUGGAGGGUCUGGUGGCGGAGAGUGAGCCGGGGAAGAACUCCCCAACGCUGGGCAGGGUCCCCUGCAGUGCCCCCCUAGUGGAGAGCGGGGAGAGGGGGUCCCUGGUGUCUCUGACUGAGGAGGAACAAGAGUCUGACCUGGGGGACAGCAGCAGUUUCGACAGCCAGAAAUCUGAUCGCCGUCCUCCACUGGUGUGCAGUUACUCUGCUUCUCACCCUCUCACUAAAUCUGUGUCUCUGCUGACCAUCAACCAGUCUGGACUGGACAGUUCGAGAGCCUCCAGCCGCACCUCCAACUCCCUCGCACACAGCAUCUGUGAAGAGGACCUCCCCCCCGGCCCCUUGAGAAAAGACUCGGAUGGUAAGAGUGGAACGAAAGUCAGUCGCACCUUCAGCUUCCUCAAGAGCAAGAUGUACACCAGCAAGAAGAGCCGGGAAAAGGAUAAAGAGAAGACAAAAGAGAAGGACAGCAAAGAGAAAGACAAAGACAAGAAAGCCCUGAAUGGACACAUGUUCAGCACUACAGCCUCUGUACCCUCUGCUCAUUGCUACCAGUGUAGUAAAGCAGUGAAUGCCAAGGAAGCCUACCUGUGCACCAGUUGCAGUGCAUGUGUUCACAAGGGGUGCAGAGACAGCCUUCCUGCCUGUGCCAAAAUCAAAAUGAAGCAACAAAAACAUCAGUUUGCAGUGCCUGACAGCACCCCCUUCCCGCCAGUCACAAUGAGGAAUAGGUCCACCCUACCCAAAGAGCGCCCUCGCUCGGCUGUCCUGGUUCACGAUGAAAACUCCACCUCCUUGUCCUUCAGCAGGAGGCACACAGGGAUCGCUGCCUUCAACACCAGCAACCUCGCCAAGAGCAUGUCCAUCAGCAACAUUGCCGUCUCCAUGUUUGAUGAGGUCCCGCUGAAAACGUUGAGGUACCUGUCUCAGUCCACCGACUCGCUGCACAAACCCAACCAGGUCAAUGAGUCGACAGAGUCGCUGACUGACGAGGGAACAGAGAUGAUGGACAGUCAGCUGAUGGGGGAGUUUGAGGCGGAUGUCCGGGAGCUGGAGGCUGACUCCUGGAGCCUGACUGUGGACAAGAAGCUGGCGAAGCAGCUCAAGAAGGACAUGAUCAAACGACAGGAUGUCAUCUACGAGCUGAUGCAGACGGAGAUGCACCACGUGCGCACUCUGAAGAUCAUGGCUGAUGUGUACAGCAAGGGGCUGCUGAAGGAGCUGCAGAUGGAAGCACAGACCGUGGAGCGGAUGUUCCCUGUGCUCGACGACCUCCUGGACUUACACACACAGCUCUUCAGCAGCCUCCUGGAGAGGAAGAAAGAGUCUCGACAGGAGCUGGGGGCCGAGGGCAGGGAAGGGGGCUUCGUUAUCCGGAGGAUUGGAGACAUCCUCGUCAACCAGUUCUCGGGCUCCAGUGCUGAGCGCAUGAAGAAAGUUUACGGCAAGUUCUGUGGCCGGCAUAGCGAGGCUGUGAACUAUUACAAGGAGCUGCAUGCCAAAGAGAAACGCUUCCAGGCGUUCAUCAGGAAAAAAAUGAGCAGCACAAUAGUCAGACGGCUAGGCAUUCCUGAAUGUAUAUUACUAGUGACACAGCGAAUAACCAAGUACCCCGUCCUACUGCAGAGGAUACUACAGCACACCAAAGAAAGCGAGGAGGACCACAGAGCCCUGACGCAGGCCCUGGUGCUGGUGAAGGAGGUGAUCUCUGCCGUGGACAACAAGGUGAAUGAGUACGAGAAGAAGAGGAAGCUCAAUGAGAUCUACAGCCGCUGCGACAGCAAGUCCAUCAUGAGGAUGAAGAGCGGACAGAUGUUCGCCCGGGAGGACCUGAAGCGCAGGAAGCUGCUGCACGACGGGCCUCUGCAGCUCAAGAACUCAGCCGGAAGACUCAAGGAUGUCCAGGCGUUGCUCCUUUCCGAUGUCUUUGUUUUCCUUCAAGAAAAGGAUCAGAAAUUCGUCUUUGCUUCAUUGGACCAGCGCUCCACAGUGAUCUCGCUGCAGAAGCUGAUCCUCCGAGAGGUGGCGAACGAGGAGAAGGGCCUGUUCCUGAUCACAGCAGGCAUCGAGAAGCCAGAGAUGGUGGAGGUCUACGCCAGCUCCAAAGAGGAGCGCAACACCUGGAUGCAGCUGAUUCAGGGCACCAUGCACUCCAUGGAGAAGAAUGAUGAUGAGGGGAUCCCCAGUGAAUCAGAAGAGGACAAGAGAGUCUUGGAGACGAAAGCACGGGAGAUGAGAGAGCAACUGCAGCAGAAAGACCAGCAAAUUGUGGCCCUGCUGGAGGAGAAGAUGAAGCUGUUCAGGGACAUGUGUGACUCCGGGGGGCCGGACGAGGGAGCCCCCAGCGUGCUGACGAAGACUCUUUUCAGAGCCAGCCCUGACGACGUGGCCAAGGGGGAACCGGUCAUGAAGGAUGCGCUGAAGGAAGUGGAGACGUUGCAGACACUGGUGAAUAGGAGUCUAGGGGGCACUGUGGGGCAGCAGGUCUCCAGCAGUGUGGAUGCAGAGUGCAUUGUGGGACCCAUCUCUCUACCCAGGAGAGCAGAGACAUUCGGGGGCUUCGACAGUCACCAGAUGAACGCUUCCAAAGGCGGAGAGAAAGAUGAGGGGGAGGAGUCUCCAGAUCUGCGCAGAACAGAGUCCGACAGUGUUUUGAAGAAGGGGGGGAAUGCCAACCUGCAGCUGCUGCUCAACAGAAACACAGAGCAAGUCCUCCACAGCGUUAAACACCUCCAUGAACUGCUCUGCACUUUACAGGCUGUGGUGGUGCAGCAAGACACAGUCAUCGAGGACCAGCGCCUGGCUCUGAGCGAGCGAUCAGCCUCCCGCCCCUCCUCCCGGCCCAACUCCUUGAUCGAGCAGGAGAAGCAGCGCAGCUUGGAGAAGCAGCGGCAGGAGCUGGCCAACCUGCAGCGGCAGCAGGCAGCACACGCAGAGGAGCGGCGGCGCCAGGACAGGGAGAGGGAGGCGUUGGAGAGGGAGCUGGAGCAGAGGGAGGCACAGCUCAGCCAGAGAGAGGAGGAGACGCAGCGAGGGCGAGGGGAAGUGGAGCGGGAGAAGGAGGAACUGCGCUGCAGGAAAGAGGAGUACCAGAAGGACCUGGAGAGGCUGCUGCUUGGCCAGCGCCAGCUCGAGAGGGAGCGCGAGCAGAUCCGCAGGGAGUUAGAGAGGAUAGAGCAGAGCAAGCAGGACGAGGAAACUGGACAGCACAGGUCACCCUCUAGUGCCUCGGAGGACUCCAGGAAGUUUCACAGCACCAGUUCUCUGGAGCGGGUCUCGUCGGAGACAGAACUGUCCUUGUCUCCCAAGAAGGAGCAGCUGGGGAGGACAGACUCCAAACAGAAAGGGAAGAGCUUGAACCUCUUUACCUUUAACCAGAGUCACAAAUCACAAGGGGGUGACGGGCAGAACCAGAUCUCCAAUCGCUUGCUGCAGGUCACCAAGUCCAAGGAGAAGAAAGAGAAGAAAAAGAAGGGCAAAGGGCAGCCCGGCCAGCUGGCAGCCUCCCAGCACCCUCCUGUCUCUGAAGCUCCAGCUGAUGGAGAGGAGAUCUACUUCUGCUGAUGGCACUUUGUCCUCUAUUAUCCCAUGGUGCUCUUCUCUUCAGGUUGUCUGCUCAUCCAGGGCCUCUGCCAGCCAAAGCAGCUCAGUCCUCCUGCCAGUCUCACAGGACACUCUCUCCAGCACGAUACAACUGUGCCAGCUUCCCAGCCGUACACCACACUGGAGAAACCACAGAGACGAUCCUGUAGUUCAGAAAGGGCACCGAUGCAUCUUUUAAUCAGGGCUGUUUUUCCACAUGUUUAAGGUUUGAAAACGAGUUAUCACUGUGCAGUGCAGUUAGAAGCCUGAAAGCAUGCCUUGCGUCUCGAAAGAGGCAGGUACCCGAAAACUUGAGAUAUUGCUCAUUUACUUUUGUUCUGUUUUAUAAUUCUAUUAUAAAACCAUGUGGUUUCUUUUUGUGUGCAAUUAAAAAAAACAAAAAAACACAGGAAUUGGAAAAUAAUAAUAAUUGAGGGCAGAGAACCGUGGAGUUGUACUUGCAGGUUAACUUAUGUAGUAACAGAUAAAGUUUUAGUUUUCUUGGUUUUUUUUUAGCAAUCAUCUCAAUUACAUUUAACAUGGUUUGAUGCCACAGAGCACUUUUAAAAUGACAAUCUAUUACAUGGUAAGCUACUACUUGCUUUACAACAUAAAAGGACAAUCGGAUCUCUUUUAUUUUUUUAUUACUUCUUUUUUAGGACUGACUUUUAGAAGACCAGGAGAGUGGACUUGUAUUUGACCACGUUUGCUAGGGUUUGCCAAGCAGUACUGUAAGCAAUCACCAGGGUGCUGCCAGCUGUCUGCUGUAAUACAGUACAUGUACCACUGGAGGGAGCCUGCAUUCUUCAAUGUAUUGCUUUCUGUUCAUUCCAAUGUCUUUUGAAUUGUGAAUGUUGGAGCGUAGAGACUGCAGUGUCAUUUAGUCGAGUCCCCAAUCACAAUAUGGUACUAGAAUAAUCUGAAAGUUCAGUACUGUAUUCCACAACCUCCCACCCCCCAAGCUUGCAAUUUUAUUGAUUUUUUUUUUU